AUGAGCAGCAAUAUUGCUCCAACUACAAAACUCUACCUCAAUCUUGGAGGUGGCACCAACUGCAAUGAUAGAGAUCUUUAUGAUGCAUUCUCAAAGUUUGGCAAAUUACUCAGCUAUGCAUGGAAGCUUAAUUAUGGUUUCGUUGAAUUUCAAACUGUUCAACAAGCAACUGACGCAAAAAAUGGACUUCAUGGAACUACAUGUAUCAACAACCAAAAGGCAUACAUUGAUUUCUCGUUUGGCAAGAACAUCCGCGGCCCAAGUAGUGGCUCUGACAGAGACAGCAAAUAUCACUACCCGCACUCCCCCGCAUCCAAGCACCGUAUCUUUAUCCGCGGCUAUGACAUGGAAGAGACCUCGUCGCAAGAGGUGAGACAGAUGUUUUCAGAGAUUGGACCUAUCCACACGAGUCACUUUAUCGAAAAGAAAGGCUAUGGCUUUAUUGAAUUCAAAAACGCUGAUGACGCUGAAACUGCAAUCAAGAAAUUUAAUGGCUAUGAAGUACAGGGCAAGGCCCUCACCGUCAACUAUGCAUCUCUACCUGGCCACUAUCCCAAAGACAGAUCUCGCUCAAAAUCGCCAUCAUCAUCCUACAGGAAACGUUCUCGAUACUCUAGUCCCGACAGAAGUAGAAGUAGAAGUAGAACAAGAAGCCCCAGUCCCCAUUCUGAUAGAAACAACAAUACUUCAUUUGACCAACAACAUCAACAACUGCAACAACAACAACAACAACAGCUGCAACAACAACAACCACAACCAAUUGACCAACAACAACAACAACAACAGUUGUUACUUCAACAACAACCUAUUGUCUCGAUUCAACAACAAGACCAACAAAUGGGAAUCGUCCAACAGCAACAAUCGCCAAUGAAUAUGCAACCACAACAAAGUGCAUUCCAAAACAAUAGUUUCCAUAGUAGCAAUAUAACCUUUGGUGGUACUCCAAUCAAUUUCAAUCCACAACCACAACAACAAAAGAGAUACCGUAGUUCAAGUAGAGGUAGAUCGAGAGAAAGAGAAACUUCUCUGGAUCGUUCUUUAUCAUUCCCACAAUUAGAUACUCAACCUCAACAACAAGUUCAACCACAACAACCUCAACCACAACAACAACAACAACAACAACAUUUUAUGAUUAACCAAGGACAAAAUAAUAAUAAUAAUAAUAAUUUCCUUCCACCCAAUUUUACCAACAAUCAACAAGUUGAUCCUGCACAACAAAAUUUCAACAAUGGUGAUAUGAGUUUCAACAAUCAAAACAAUCUUUUAACUGAUCAAAACAAUAUUCAGGUGGCUCCAUUUAAUCAUCAGAAUAAUCAUUUUAAUCAAUCACUACAACAACCAUUACAAAACAAUAACAAUAACUUCAACAAUAAUAAUAAUAAUAAUAAUAAUAUUGGUCACAAUAAUAACAAUAAUUACAGUAAUAACAACGUAAAUAAUCAAUCCAAUAAUUUUAACAAUAAUCAUAACAAUCAUAUCAACAAUAACAAUAAUAACAAUAAUAAUAAUUAUAGAUCAAGACAUUAUAACGAUAGAGAUAAUCGUGAUAAUCGUGACAAUCGUGAUAAUAGAGACAAUCGUGAUAGUCGUGAUAAUAGAGAUAACAGAGACAAUCGUGAUAAUAGAGAUAAUCGUGAUAAUAGAGACAAUAGAGAUAGUCGUGAUAAUAGAGAUAAUAGAGACUAUCGUGAUAAUCGUGAUAAUCGUGACAAUCGUGACAAUAGAGAUUAUAGAGAUAAUCGAAAUAACCGAGAUAGAAGAGACACUUAUCAUAGAAAUGAUAGAUACGACAGAAACGAUCGAAAUGAUAAAAAUGAUAGUAGACACGAUAGAAAUGAAGAUAAUAGAAAGGAAACUCAAAUCGUUGUCAGAAAAUCGAUCGAUCAACCAAUGAUGGUCAUCAAAAAAGACACUGAUCCAUCACCCAUCACAAGACAAGAAUCCAAUGGCCUUUCUAGAGAAAGAGAAAGAGAUAUGGACACUACUCAAGAUACUUCUAUCACUACCAGCGCCUCCGCCAUUACUACUUUUGCCUCUGAACCAAUCAAGUAUGAAACAUCAUCAAUAUCUGGUACCAGCACUGCUGCCGCCGGCGGUGAAGAGCAAAACAAUGAAUCUCAAUCUCAACAAAACCUCCUCGAGACUAGUAUCGACUCGAAUGUAAAUAACGACGAAUCUGAUCAUGAAAAUCCAAUCAUGUCAUUUAUCAAUAGAGAGGAUCGUGAAUCAAACGAUCCAUCCAGUCCUACAAUGGAUCACAUUGAUCAUCAUCAUCACAAAUCAGAUGAUAUCAUUGAAACUCUCAACAACAAUUCCUCUCAUCAAGAUGGUCAACAACAACAACCACCACAACAACUUUUAUUAACAGACUCUUCCCAUCAAAUGGCUAUUGAUCAACCAACAACAACAACAUUACCAACACCACCAUUACAACCACAUCAACAACAACAACCACAUCAACAACAAUCAAACUCUUCCCCAAAAUCAUCAUCUUCAUCCUCUACACCAACACAAAUUUCUAAUCAACAAUUCACCACUCUUCAAUCUCAACCAUCAUCAUCAAAUCUAUCAAAUCAAUCAAUCCCAACUCAACUUAAACCAUCAACUUCUCAACUUUCUUAUGCAAACUCUACAACUACAACUUCAAACAUUUCUUCUUCCUCUACUUCUACAACUUCAAACAUUUCACCAAUUACUCAGGAAUAUAAACAAAUCAAGGAUUAUUUAUUAAAAGAUAUUAAUUUGGCAAUUGAAAAUGCAUUAUCAAGACAUAUGGGAAAAGAAAGACAAGAAUUUGAACAAUUGGGAAAUGAUAUUUUUAAUAACAAGAAGGAUAUUUUAAUCAAGAGUGACAAUAUCUCUCGAAAGAUUGAGGAAAGUGGUCGUAGAAUUAUGGGCAACACCGAGACUACUAUUAGUUACCUCAAAGACAUUUUGAAUUUAGUAUCAAAGACUAGCGAUGAAGUAUCUCAACUCAAGAUGGAUAUGAAAGAUUCUAGAGACAAGGUUGAUCAAAUCCUUAGAUUCACCAAACUUCAACCAACCCCCAACAACAACAACAAUAAUAUCAACAAUAACAACAAUCCUGCAACCGAACAAUUUAACAAGUUGUUUGGAGAGAUUAAAAAGGUUAGUGAUAGUUGUACCAAAGUUGAAGCAAACACUAAUAAUGCAGCUUCAGAUUCAGCCACUGCUUUUGGUGCAGUCAUGAAAAAGUUGUAUCCAUUUGAAACCAUCACCAAUAAGCUAUUUAAUUUUGAAAACAAAUUAGAGGCACUCGAAGAGAGUCUUACAGACAAGAUUCAAGGAAUCAAAGAAGAUAUUGAAGACAUGACAGAGAAUCAACAACAAAUAACUCAACAACUUCAAAACUCUCAAGAAUCACCUGCCACUUCUGUCACUACACCUGCUUCAACUACAAAAAAAAUUAAUCCUCAAAGAAAAAAAGGGAAAUAA